CCGUCGGGGGAGGAGUGCAGCUGGGCCGGGCUCUUCUCCUUCCAGGACCUGCGGGCCGUCCACCAGCAGCUGUGCUCGGUGAACUCGGAGCUGGAGCCCUGCCUGCCCGUCUUCCCCGAGGAGCCCUCGGGCAUGUGGACGGUGCUCUUCGGGGCGCCCGAGCUGUCCCAGCAGGAGAUGGACGCGCUGUGCUACCAGCUGCAGGUCUACCUGGGCCACUGCCUGGACACCUGCGGGUGGAAGAUCCUCUCGCAGGUGCUCUUCACCGAAACGGACGACCCGGAGGAGUAUUACGAGAGCCUGAGUGAGCUGCGGCAGAAGGGCUACGAGGAGGUGCUGCAGCGGGCCCGCAAGCGCAUCCAGGAGCUCCUGGAAAAACAUAAGAAUACAGAAAGCAUGGUAGAGCUGCUUGAAUUGUAUCAAAUGGAAGAUGAAGCAUAUGGUAGCCUUGCUGAAGCCACCACAGAACUCUAUCAGUACUUACUGCAGCCAUUCCGAGAUAUGAGGGAACUUGCAAUGCUCAGGCGACAGCAAAUAAAGAUUUCCAUAGAGAAUGAUUACUUAGGACCAAGAAGAAUUGAGAGUCUACAAAAAGAAGAUGCAGAUUGGCAGCGGAAGGCCCACAUGGCUGUACUUUCUAUUCAAGACCUUACUGUGAAGUACUUUGAAAUAACAGCUAAAGCACAGAAAGCUGUGUAUGACAGAAUGCGAGCAGACCAGAAAAAGUUUGGCAAGGCUGCAUGGGCAGCAGCAGUGGAACGGAUGGAGAAACUUCAAUAUGCAGUUUCUAAGGAGACUCUGCAGCUGAUGAGAGCGAAAGAAAUCAGUUUGGAACAGAAGAAACAUGCACUGAAAGAGGAGAUGCAGAGUUUACAAGGUGGUACAGAAGCCAUUGCACAUUUGGACCAACUAGAAGCUGAUUAUUAUGAUCUGCAACUUCAGUUAUAUGAAGUGCAGUUUGAAAUCUUGAAGUGUGAAGAACUGCUGCUAACUGCUCAACUUGAAAGUAUCAAACGACUUAUUUCAGAGAAAAGAGACGAAGUAGUAUAUUACGAUACAUAUGAGAGUAUGGAGGCCAUGCUUGAAAAGGAGGAUAUGGCAACAUCUAUACACUUGCAAAGAGAAGAAUUGCAGAAAUUGCAGCAGAAGGUCCGGCAGCUAGAAGCACGACGUGGGAGAAUUUCAGCCAAGAAAGCCUACCUCAGAAACAAAAAGGAGAUCUGCAUUGCAAAACAUAACGAAAAAUCCCUACAGCACCUUCAAAGUGAGGAGGAGUCAAGUGCACAUCCUGGGAAGUUUAAGAGAGAGCGAUUGCAAGAUGAGGAAGAAAGAAAAAGCUCAUGGGUUAGUCAAGAGCGGCAGAAAACACUGGAUAGACUUCGAACAUUUAAGCAGCGUUAUCCUGGUCAGGUAAUACUCAAAUCAACCAGACUCCGACUGGCUCACUCAAGAAGAAAAAGUACAGCCAGUUCAAUAUCUUGUGCUGAUCAUCCCCUGUCUUUACCAGUAACUACCCAGACUGAUGAGAGACCCCAAGAAGUGGGGCUAGAAAAAGUAAUCCAACCUUUACAAAUGCACGAGCCCACGAAUUUAGGAGAAUUUCAAAAUGCCUCUUUACCUUCCUGUGGCGUUACCUCUGACUUUUCUCAAACUACAUCUCUUCCGGCUGAACUUCACCCAGAUGUAGUCAGCGAGGCACCACUUCCUCCUCCGCUGCCGCCACCACCGCCACCACCUUUGCCCACCAAGGAACAAUCUACUCAAUGCUCUGAAAAAAGUAGUAGCCCCAUUAAACAAGACAGCAUGGAAAAGCCAACCCUAUUGAGCACUAUUGCACCAUCAGCUCAUUUCUUUGAUAGCAGCCAGUUAGUCAGUGCCAAGAAAAAGCUAAAGAAGACCAGUGAUUUAGAAGGACUUCAGAGGAGAAGAGUGAGUUCACCGAUGGAUGAGGUAUUGGCUUCUUUGAAGCGUGGAAGCUUCCACCUGAGGAAGGUUGAGCAGAGAAACCUUCCUCCUUUCCCAGAUGAAGACGACAGCAAUAACAUCCUAGCACAGAUAAGAAAAGGAGUGAAACUGAAGAAAGUGCAAAAGGACCUGAUGAGAGAGUCAUUCACAAUUCUGCCUGACGAUGACCCUUUGACACGCAGCAUCCAUGAAGCACUACGGCGGAUUAAGGAGGCAUCACCAGAGUCUGAAGAUGAGGAGGAAAAUCUUCCUUGCACGGACUGGGAAAAUUAAGGUGCUAAGGAUUCCACAAGAUACAGUUUUCUCUUCACUUCUGAACAUUCAGAAUCAGCGGUUUGAUCACCAGUCUGGGAAAAGGCUUACUCUGACAAACUAUUUGAUAUGUAUAUAAGAGCCUCAAUACAUUUUUUUAUUCAUGGUAGAAGAUUGUGGUUGGACCAAACACUACCUUAUUUAGAUGUGCAUUUUGUGUAACACUAAGGAGAGUGAGCCCUUCAAGAUAUUUUCUAGUUCUUCACUCACUUUUUACAUUUGUGUGAUACACAGUUAAGUAGCAGCUAUUGCACAAAGCUUCUUCCUAAGUUUAGUUACCAGGACAGGUAUGAAAACCAGCCCUUUGGUUCACUGAAGACUUCAUCUGUUUAAGAAACAAAUUACUACAUUCACGUCAGCUUCUUGUACCACAGCACAAUUACCUAAAGUUUAUCACUGUACUUUUCAUUCAGGAGGUGGAUUUCAGACAUAUUAUGCAUUUGUUAAUUACUCCAAAUCCAAGCG